GGAUAUGCCUGAAUAUGCACAUAUUAAACAAAUUCUAGAUAAGCCUAGAUAUGAAGCACAAGAAUUAUUAAAAACACGUUUUCCAGUAUCACGUUAUGUUGAAACAGAACAUGAUGGUAGUCAAGCACGAUUUCUAUUAUCUAAAGUUAAUCCAUCACUAACACAUCAUACAAUGUAUUCAUUUGGUCAGGAUUCCGGUAGUGCAGUACUAACAGACGAUGUAUCACUUCAAGGUUUUAUGGAACAUUUAAAAAAAUUAGCUGUUUCUAGUUCUGCUUAGAUUGUGAUGAAAUGAACAGACUAGUAUUGUGCAACAUUUUCAUGAUGUGAUAUUGAUGAAAAACACCAAUGACAGUAAUCAAAAUUCAAUAGCACCUACUACUCAUCGUAUAUAUUAUAAGUAAUUGCUUUCUAUACAUAUAUAUAUAUCUACAAUUACCGUUUCCCCUUUUAUUCAUUUCUACUUUCUCUCGCUAAUUUUGGUUGCAAUUUUUUCCAGUAAUAAUUUCUACUUUUAUUUAUUCUUGAUUUCGAUUAGCGUGCGUUGAGAAAAUUGUUGUUGUUCUUGUUUUUUUUGUUUCCUCACUCAAUUUUAAAUGGAAAUUAGCACAUAUAAGUACGUGUGUGUGUGUUCCUCAAUCCAUUCGUUUAUUCAACUUGUAAAUGAGUUGUUUUAUUCAAUGAAUUGUAUUCAUUUACAGAGAACUUCGAUAUUUCUAAAUACGGAAUGUUUGUUUGAAAUAAAAUGCUUUUACAAAUAAAUUGAGUUGUCUGUCCUAGUAAAUUCAUAGUGUACAAAUCACAGUUACAAUAUUUGACUUAAAAGAACUUUUGUAGAAUUCAGGAAAAACCUAAUAAUUAAGUUCAGUUGAGUCCGAGUCACAGUGGUCAUCAACUCUAAGAUGCAGGUACAUCCAGCUGACCAGUCUCAAAUAGGACGAAAUGCCCAUCAAACUGCAUUCUAC